ACUCUUGUGGGUUGGGCAGGUCUCCAAGGCCUCUGGAAGUGGGAUGGCCCAGGCCACCCAAGGAGACUGGGGCACGUGAGGACCAGCAUGUGACUCUGUUCUAGAAAGAAUAAAGGAGGGAAGGGGCAUGCCUGGUGGGAUUACGCUUUUGACUGUUACACUUAUGGUAAGGAGGGGCUGAUAGAACGUCAGACUGACCAGCCAUUCCUCCAAUCAGCUCACAGCUGGACUAGCAGAAAGACAGAAUAACUGGUUAACUGUAUAACCAUUUGGUUAACUGUGCAACUCAUGGACCAACAGGGAGAGGGGCAAUUUGAGGAACUGACAAUGUGGUUUCCUGAUGCUGUGAAGUACUGAACAUCUGACUGACUUACAGCCCGCCUGGGCCUGGCUGGGGCUGGUGGCCUGACAGUGUGGAGGACAAGGAGCAUCCUGAAAGAGUUACAGGCUGACCAACUGACUGAUGGUGUUGCUGCCGGACUGGGAGGCAGGAUGUUACAGGGCUGAGGGAAUGUCUAAAUGUUAUAGUCUGAUGAUGCGUAAAGAAGGGCUACGCUGAAUUUCAGGUUGACUGAUCAACAAAUCUGUGGUUGCCUGAUGUUGUUGUUAUUGUUAGUUGCCAUUGAGUUGGCUCCAAGUCAUGACAACCUUAAGUAUAACAGAAUGAAACAUUGCCUGGUCCUGUGCCAUCUUCAUGAUCAUUGGUAUGUUUGAGCCUAUUGUUGUGGCUAUGUGUCAGUCCAUUUCAUUAAAGGUUUCCUUCAUUUUCACUGACCCUCUAUUUUCAACCAUGAUGUCCUUUUCUAGUGACUGCUUUUUGGGAUGACAUGUCCAAAGUAAGUGAGUCGGAGUCUCAUCCUGGUUGUAUUUCUUCUAAGACUGAUUUGUUUGUUCUUCUGGCAGUAUACAGUGUAUUUGAUAUUCCUUGCCAACAUCACAGUUCGAAUGCAUCAAUUCUUCUUCUGUCUACCUUUUAAUUGUCCAGCCUUUCCAUGCAUAUGAGAUUGAAAAGACCAUGGCCUGGGUCAAGCACACCUUAGUUGUCAAAGUGAUAUCUUUGCUUCUUAAAACUUUAUGGAGGUCUUUUGGCUGAUGGGAGCCCUGGUGGUGCAGUGGUUAAGAGCUCGGCUGCUAACCAAAAGUUCAGCAGUUUGAAUCCACCAGCUAGCUGUUCCUUGGAAACCCUGUGGGGCAGUUCUACUCUGUCCUAUUGGCUCCCUAUGAGUCAGAAUCAACUUGAUGGCAAUGGGUUUGGUUUGGCUGAUAGGCUACUAUAUAUGGUGACUGACUGUUAUGGAUUGAAUUGUGUCCCCCAAAAUGUCAAUUUAGCUAGGUCAUGAUUCACAUACUGUGUAAUUAUCCACCAUUUCAUCAUCUGAUGUGAUUUUCCUAUGUGUUGUAAAUCCUACCUCUAUGAUGUUAAUGAGGCAGGAUUAGAGACAGUUAUGUUAAUGAGGCAGGAUUCAAUCUACAAGAUUAGGUUCUUUUGAGUCAAUCUCUUUUGAGAUAUAAAAGACAGAAGCGAGUAGAGAGACAGGGGGACCUCAUGCCACCAAGAAACAAGAGCCAGGAGAAUAGUGUGUCCUUUGGACCCAGGGUUCUUGUGCUGAGAAGCUCCUAGACCAGGGAAAGAUUGAUGACAAGGACCUUCCUCCAGAGCCAACAGAGAGAGAAAGCCUUUCCCUGGAGCUGGCAUCCUGAAUUUGGACUUCUAGCCUACUAGACUGUGAGAGAACAAAUAUGUCUUUGUUAAACCCAUCCACUUGUGGUAUCUCUGUUGUCGCAGCACUAGAGAACUAAGACACUGUUCAUCUUGAGUGAACCACAGCAUGCUUGAGGGCCUGGAUGGUUGCUCUGACUGAAUGACUCUCUGACAGACAGUGUGGUCAGUUGGAUUCUGAGGAUGACGAACCGGCUGACUGACAAUAUGAUGAAGGACCAACUGAAGGAAUCACAGGCUGCCUGACCAUCUGAAAACUUAGCAUAACUGCCUCACUUGGUGGCUGUACAUGGUUAUGGACUGUUUGCCCUGAUGGAAUCACAGGCUCCCUGAUAGAGCCCAAUGGAUCACAGGAGAUUGACUGACCGGCCAAUGGUGUGGAUAAGUAGCCUGAGAAAUUACAGACUGGCUGACCUAUUGACGGGCUGCAGCGUGUGUUGCAAGUCUUCUUGGAAUCAGCUACAGGACCUGUGCCGCCUGGCCAAGCUCUCCUGCCCUUCCCUCGGUAUCUCCAAGAGGAAUCUUUAUGACUUUGAAGUCGAGUACCUGUGUGACUACAAGAAGAUUCGUGAACAGGAGUAUUACCUGGUAAAGUGGCGUGGAUACCCAGACUCAGAGAGCACCUGGGAGCCACGACAGAAUCUCAAGUGUGUACGCAUUCUCAAGCAGUUCCACAAGGACUUAGAAAGGGAGCUGCUCCGGCGACACCACCGGUCAAAGCCACCUCGGCACUUGGACCCAAGCUUGGCCAACUACCUGGUGCAGAAGGCCAAGCAGAGGCGGGCACUGCGGCGGUGGGAGCAGGAGCUCAAUGCCAAGCGCAGCCACCUGGGACGCAUCACAGUGGAGAACGAGGUGGACCUGGACGGGCCUCCUCGGGCCUUUGUGUACAUCAAUGAGUACCGUGUUGGUGAGGGCAUCACGCUCAACCAGGUGGCUGUGGGCUGCGAGUGCCAGGACUGUUUGUGGGCUCCUGCUGGAGGCUGCUGUCCAGGGGCAUCACUGCACAAGUUUGCCUACAACGACCAGGGCCAGGUGCGGCUGCGAGCCGGGCUGCCCAUCUACGAGUGCAACUCACGCUGCCGCUGCGGCUAUGACUGCCCCAAUCGCGUGGUACAGAAGGGCAUUCGCUACGACCUCUGCAUCUUCCGCACAGCUGAUGGCCGUGGCUGGGGCGUCCGCACACUGGAGAAGAUCCGCAAGAACAGCUUUGUCAUGGAGUACGUGGGAGAGAUCAUUACCUCAGAAGAGGCGGAGCGGCGGGGCCAGAUCUAUGACCGUCAGGGCGCCACCUACCUCUUCGACCUGGACUAUGUGGAGGAUGUGUAUACCGUGGAUGCCGCCUACUAUGGCAACAUUUCCCACUUUGUCAACCAUAGUUGUGACCCCAACCUGCAGGUGUACAAUGUCUUCAUAGACAACCUUGAUGAGCGGCUGCCACGCAUCGCGUUCUUUGCCACAAGGACCAUCCGGGCAGGCGAGGAGCUCACCUUUGAUUACAACAUGCAAGUGGACCCCGUGGACAUGGAGAGCACCCGCAUGGACUCCAACUUUGGCCUGGCUGGGCUCCCUGGCUCCCCAAAGAAGCGGGUCCGUAUUGAAUGCAAGUGUGGGACUGAAUCCUGCCGCAAAUACCUCUUCUAACCCUUAGAAGUCUGAGACCAGACUGACUGUGGGGGCCUGAUGCCGCCCGCCCACCCACCCACUGCUGCCCUCCUGUCAGAGGAAUGACUGCCAGGGCCUCCUGCCUGCUGCCACCUGCCCCCACAUGCUCCAUGCUCAGGGCUGCGGUGCUGCGGUGAGGACCGACUCCAGGAGUCCCCUCUCCCUAUCCCAGACCCAUCUGUGGGUUGCACUUACAAACCCUUUGCCCACCUUCAGAAGUCAUUUUUCUGCAGUCUAGAUCUAUGGCUUAUCGAGGAGACCCAAGGGGUGAGUCCCAGCCCACCCCCAGAAUAGAGAAAUGUUUGUUUUUGCACCUGCUUCUGCCUGGAGCUCGAGGGGUCUGUUGCAAGCCUCCUCCCUACUGCCCCAAGGGUGUGGGAAGACAACCCCGGGGCAGGAAGACCUGGUCAGAGCCCAGAAUUCCCAGAGCUACACCUACUGUUCUCUGGGGCCAGAAACUGUGCUAGUGAAAGAAAAGGGAUCCCUAGGACUGGGGCUGAGGCUGGUUUCUGCUCAUGCUCACAGUGACGCUAGUGUUGGCCCUGGAAGCUGUAGGAAUGCUUCUUCAGGGCCACUUCAUCUAAGAAGUAGAUACCCACCUGCCACUGGACUGAGGACUGGAUGCCCAUGACCCCACUGACCAGUGGCGGGAAGGCAGUCCCAACUUUUCUGUCCUCUGAGGUGGGGCUGGGACUGAGCUCUGCCUUCGGGGAGUUCAGAGAAGGCUCCUUGGGAAUCUCAGGAGCUCUGAGGGUGCUGGGAGCCCAGACCUGUGGUGUGAUGACUGCUGGGUCUACUUGAAGCUGGAACCAAGACCUAGGUAGGCCAUAGAUAGCACUUAGGACAAUAAUGUGCAUUGGCGGAGUGCUUGUGAGCGCCGGGCACUGGGCAGAGCACCUGAUCCAUGUGCAUUGUCUCAGGGAAGCCUUGAAAACAAGAGUUGGAUCCCAGGAAAGGGCCCAUUUGGCAGAAGGCAAAGGACAGGCCAGGAAUGAGGGGUGGGGGUUAUGGCUUAGCCCCUAGGGUAUAGUGAGGUGAGAGGGACACCCUGCUGCCUGCCAGCUCCAGGCCCCAGACCUUCACACUCACCCUGGGCUCACUGCCUACAGAUGUACAAAAGGUGAAGGUUCUGAUGGCUGCCUUGCCCCUUGCUUCCCCCCAUGAGGCCUUCUCUAGGAAGCCUUUCGUGACUACCUGUACCCAGAGUGCCCCUGCGUGAGGCUGUGUGCCCUCCCUCCAGAUGCCAGAUCUGUGUCUGUGUGUCCACCCUUCCCCCUUGCUCCCUGCAAGACUGACCUUCAGGCAUGGACUGAAUCUGGUUCUCUUGUAUAGCCUGGAGUGGGCAUCAAUAAAGUGAAUUAUUGAUUGAACAAACCAAGAUGUGGGGUAUUGAGUACCUUGUGUAGGUGGGGGUUGAGGGAUGAGAGGCUGGGAUCUGCAGUUGUCCAAGAACAUGUUCCCCAAGCCUCCGCCAUUUGAUAAAAUAAUCCUCACAGUUUCUGCCACCACUGCAUACCACUUACACCACCAUCUACAUCACAUCUUGACCUGAAAUAAACUUGCAUAAGGCUUUAUUUUAAAAGCUCAAAUUUAAAAAUGCACUGAAAAAAUAAAUACUUCUCUGACUAAAUGGAAAAACCAUUUCCAUUUGCCGCAAGCAAAAAUAACUAGCCAGAACAAUA